UGACUGUGUUUUGUGACAUCAUAUGCGCAGAACGAACCUAAACUCGGACGUCGUCGUAUAUGAUGCGCACUUUAGCAGCCAUUGGCAUGAUGCUGAGAUACAAGUUGAGGGCAACUUGGAAGAAAGAAAUGAAGACAAAGGAAGCCACAAUUUACUUGAAUGACAAAAUCUGAAGAAACCUUCGUGUUACUGUGCAGAUUCAGCCCAUAAACCGAGAAUAAGUCUUCUUUGUGAGACAUCAAGGAGUUAUAAAGAAGCAAUGCAGUCAGAAAAUUCUGAAGGACAGAAGAAAGAUGUGGAAAAAGAAGUGAAUUCUCUGAAGAAAAAUAAAACGUGGCAGCUAGCUUACAAAAUUAAAACAGAAAGAUAAUUGAAAAUCUAUGUUUUUGCCACAAAAUCGAAUACAGAUUAUGAAGAGGCUUGAUGUAAAGCUUGAUUGAUGGGAAAAGGCUGUACAACGUUAAAAAACUAUGUUGAGACGUGUAGCAAGAUUUGAGACAACGAGAGCUCUGUUCGAUGUCGCAAUUCAACAUUAUUGGUGUAUAAGGCAAUUUGAUGUAAGGCCAACAUUACUCAGUUUUUUUAAAAAAGAGAAAAUGUAUGUGUAUCAACCAGGGAACUUUGAUAAUAUUAAAAGAAGUGAGUAUAAAUCACUGAAAAGUCUAUAUCUAAAAAAAAAAGCAAGCAUCAAAGUGUUGUUUUGAAUGUCUCAUCCAAUUUCUUAGCGGAUAUGAUUUAUGGGAGAGCUGUUCAGACCUAUGUAUCUUCUACGGGAAAAACCUGUUUGCACUGGGCAAGGAUGAAGAAUGCUGUUGCCCCAGUGGUGCAGUCCAUAAAGAAAUUUGCCAAGAGUGCUCGAGACCCGGUUGCUGUGUGUGAUGCUGUGCUAUGGUUGGCACUACUGCCACUGUUGGCGCUGCGGCACAUGACGCACAGCCCUGGUGCCAUGGCAAUGCUGCGUGUCACGGUGGAGGCGACGGCCGAGCUGCUGGUGGCCACCAUGUUGGCAGGUGCUGCCAUCUGCGUCACAGCACUGCACGUCAUGGCUGAGCAGGAUGCAGGCGCUGACGGUGAUAGCGGAAAGCAGCCCAACCUUGUGCGACAGCCCUGCCGCCGCUCCCUGCAGCCUGAGCCCCCACUGCCUGUCGAUGCAGGUGGCGAGCGCUGUUCUCCGCGCACCGUUCUGCCAUCUCCGUUGCCGAAUUUGCUGCAUUAGCUUUCUUGGCGGGCACUGGUGUCUGGAUGGCAGGAGCUAACUGACACAAGUGCUGGAGUCACUCUGUACAAGAAAAUGCUUCAUUUGAGCAUGCAGAUUUCAUUUCAAGAACACUUCAUUUUUCAGUGCCUACACAAGUUAUUUUGUGUGCUGUCACUAUUACUUUCAGUAUAUCAAUUACACCUCUAAAAUAGCACUUCAUCUGUCCUCUGUAAUCUUAUUGCAUUGUGUACUAGAUAAAGAGAGCGUGCUGCUGUUUCAUGUUACCCUGCAGUGUUCAUAAUUUGUAACUUUUCUGUUGCUUGUGGCAACAUCAGAGAAAAUGUCAAAAUUAUAUGAGUAUUACAACAAUUUCAAAUAGAUUAAUUUCAUAUAAUAAA